CCCCUCUCUUUAUCUCAAGAAUACCAAUACCUUCAAGCAGAGGGCUGCAGAUCGAGGGGGUACGUUCGUACUGGAUAGCUAGAUAUGGGGAGUGUUGGCAAUUAUUUGCCUGUCGUUGGUAUGAUCCUGGUGCAACUGGGUCUUGCUGGUCUGAAUGUAUUGUCAAAGCUCACCAUGGCGUCCGGCAUGAGCCCUUACGUGCUCAUCACCUACCGAAAUCUUCUUGGGGCUGUCUUCCUCGCUCCCUUUGCUUUCUUCUUCGAACGAAAAACUUGGGCCUCAAUUAGCAAGAAGACACUAUUACAAAUUUUUGUAUGCUCCGUUGUUGGUGCGACGAUGAAUCAGGUGUUCUACUUCGUGGGCCUCAAGUACAGCCGCCCGACCGUGGCGUCCGCGCUCAACAACACCCUCCCAGCGGUGACCUUCGCGCUGGCGGCCGCGCUCAAGAUGGAGCCCGUGGCGGCGCUCGCCGGGAAAGCCAAGGUUGGCGGCACGGCGCUCUGCGUUGUCGGCUCCAUGCUGAUGACCUUCUACAGGGGCCCCCUCGUCAGGACCCUGGACUCCCCGAUCCACUGGCCGUACGUACAGCGCACCAUGGCGGCCGAGGCCGCGGCCCACGCCGGCGGGCACACUGCCGCCCUCGGAGCCGCCCUGGUCAUUGCCUCAAAUGUCGCGUGGGCCGUUUGGUUCAUCGUUCAGAAGAAGAUGUCCAACAGCUAUGCGUCCCCGUACACGACCACGGUGCUGAUGGCGUCCAUGGCCAGCGUCCAGUGCGGCGUCAUCGCGGUGGCCGCGGAGCACAGGCUCUCGGCGUGGGCGCUCGGGUUCGACAUCAGGCUCAUUGGCUCGCUCUACGCGGGGGUAGUGGCGUCAGGAGUGGUGAUCGCGGUGAUGUCGUGGUGCAUCCAGGUGCGCGGGCCGGUGUUCGUGUCCAUGUUCAGCCCCAUGAUGCUCAUCAUCGUCGCCGUCGUCGGGUGGGGCAUCCUCGGCGAGAAGAUACGCGUCGGAAG